CAGAGGGGGAGCCCGAGGCGGUGGUCCACUGCAAUCCUCCAUAGGUUUGGCUCAUGGAUAUCUUCCAGACAAUUGUCACGUCCGGGGAGCUGAUCUACCAUUUCCUCGACGCCUAUUCUGCCUACUCCAACGAGGCCAGAUCACUCGCUGCUCGCUUCAAAUGGGACAUUCGCGUGCUACAACAAAUUGUCCAGCAUUUCGACAGCCGGCGGCUGCAAAACCAGGGGAAGCUCACAGAGCCCGACCAGAAACUGCUCCAGGAGACCGCUGAGUAUUUGCAAUCUCUCGCGGCGCGUGUCAGCGCCAGCUGCGCCCGCAUUCAGACACAGGAAUGGCUUUCCCGCGCCACGAGCAAGGUUCUGUGGUUUCACCGCCGCAAAGAACUGCAGAGCCUGGAGCAAGAGCUGUUCGAGUGGACCUCGCGUUUCGACAUCCGGCUCGUCGGUCUGCCCCCUGAGCUGAAGACCAUCAUCUCUCCAAUCGGCGAAGAACAAGACGACGCUGUUCCCGGCAAGGCUCUUUACUCCAAUCGACGAAUGCACAGGGUCCAGGCACUUGCCGAAGAGGCGCGGCUGGCAGAGUCCCGCGACCUGUUCUUGGAAAACGCCCCCAAGACCCUAUGCAAGACGCACCUUCGAACAGGCUCUGAGUAUUCCAUUUUGGAGUUCAAGGGCGAGCAAGUCAUCCUAGAAUCCAGAUAUUUCGCCCUGGCCAGCGACUCCGGCCCCGAGUCGCUUGACUAUCGCCUUCUGAAGGCAGAUGUCGGCAGGUUCGCGUCCUCACUCAAUGCCAUCGAUCGUGGCGUAGUCAGCCUUUUAAAAUGCGUUGGGUACUUUUACAACCCAGACCCGGAACGGCCAUCAUUCAACCUGAUUCAUAGUCUGCCAUUCCCACCAUCUCCGGCGACGGCACCCACGCUCAGGAGCCUCAUUGCCGCACAAUCGGGGUCCAGGAGGAUUCCGCCGCUACACUCUCUAGACCAACGCUAUCGACUUGCAUUGCACUUGUCGACGGCGGUGCUCUUCCUGCACGGCUCUGACUACCUGCACAAGAACAUCUCGUCCGAGAGCGUUAUCAUGCUAUUCAACGCCCAGAAUGAUUCGAGUCUCAAGUUCCCCAACGCUCUCGGCAUGCCUUACCUGGUGAACUUUGAGCUGAUCCGCUCGUUUGCCCUCGCGAGCCACCCAAUGGAACCCCCAAGUGACUGGAAGGCCAGAAUAUACAUCCAUCCCGCCAGGCAAGGCCCCCGACCGCGGAGCUUCAUUAAGUCCUACGACAUCUACAGUCUCGGCGUCGUUCUUUUGGAGCUCGGCUUGUGGCGACCGCUGGAGCGGUUUGAUGGGGAGCUCAGUGCGGCAGACCCCAACGGGAUGCAGAAAGCUCUCAUCAAGAUUGCCCAGGAACUUGGAAUCACUAUGGGGAAGCGGUAUCGGGAAAUCGUCCAGUGGUGCUUGAGCCUCGACGACGACGAAGACGUCCAGCCGGCCGUACUUGUCCGGGAGGUGCUCUCAAAGUUAGAGGAUAUUGUAGAAGCUAUUAAUUAGUCGCUCGCUCGAAGGCGUUAUGAUUAUCGUUAUUAAUAGUAGAUAAUAGUCUUGAAACUUCUAGCAACCGUUAUUUGGUUAUAUAGCUACUAUUAUAAGAGUAUUAUAGAGGGAAAUAUAUAUAUAAAGUUCUAUUUUAGGGAAAGAAG